AAAGAGAAUGAAAAAAAUAAAUUAAUUAAUAAGCAAAAACUCAUUUUUUAUAUAAACAAAAAAGAAAAAUAAAUUAAAAAAAACGAAAAAAAAAAACAAAAGAAAAGUAAUAUUCGAUUCCUUGCGAUGAAGAAUUUAGCUAUCGUUUUGGCUACUUUGUGCAUUUUUGCUCAAGCCACAAGUGUCUUCGAGACCCCUGCUUUCCUUGAAAUUAAGAGCAACCCCUUCGGUCACACCGUUGCUUCUUUGGUUUAAUUAAACUUAGGUGCUGGAUAAAGUGCUGGUAGAUUAGAUGCUAUUGCUGAAGCCUUGAACACUAUUGAAGCUUAACUCGAAAAUACCAGAGAUCACAAUGAUGCUGAAAUCCAAAGACAAAGAGGCUGGUGCAGUGAUCAAGAAGCUACCAUCUAAGCUAACAUUGAUUAAGCUGAAAGUGAUUUGAGCAACUACUAAAACGAAUAAACUUAAAGAAACUAAGCCGUUGCUGACCUCACCCAAAACUUAAACAACGAAUAAUAAUCCCUCGCUGAAAACUAAAAUAACUUAGCCAACGCCUAAUAGGAAUUAGAUGAUGAAAACUCUUCUUAUGCUGAAUCCUCUAAGGACUACGCUGAUGCUAUUGCUGCUUGUGAAUAAGCUCUCAAGCUCUUAGCCACCUUGUAAACUAACCCCUCCGGUUUCAUCUAAUCUAAGGCUAGAUUCGGUAACGUUGUUACUCUCCUCCAAAAGCACCUUGCCAACAAGUCUUCCAACUUCGUUCAACCCAUCUUGAACGUCUUGACUGAAAUGGCUAGCUCCACCAACGAAGUUGACUAAUCCAGUCUUGCUAAGGUUGUUUCUCUCAUUAACGAUUUAUUAGAAGAAUUAAGAAACUAAAGUGCUGCUAAUGACUAAAGACACUAAUAAGUUGUUGAUAGCCUCACCUCCAACAUUGCAAAUCUCGAACAACUUAUUGAUAAUUCUAACAACCUUAUUUCAUAAUACUAAGGUUAAAUCUAAGAAAAUGAAGACAGAUUAGCCUAACUUGCUGGUCUUAUCCAACAAACCUAAGCUAUCCUUGACUAAGCCAACUAAAAUCUUAGCUAAGUUUAAGAUUAAUGCGCUGGAUACGAUCAAGAAUAUGCUUCUUUCAAGAACGAAGUUGAUCAAUAACUCGCUACCUUAUAAGCCCUCAAGGAAUAUUUCAAGAGCAAGGUUGUUCCUGCUGUUGAAAACAUUAACGAUUCUGCUUAUGCUGAUGAAUUAACUGUUGAUGUUUGA